CUGUGUGUGUGUGUGUUUGUGUGUGUCGGGGACGGUUGAACGGAGUGGCGUCAGUGUUGUGCAUCCCGGCGUGAGGGCUGCGCGUGCCACUAGCUUCUCCGACAGUGUUCUCCGGCCACGCCAGCUGCGCAAGUUUCCGGGUCACGGAGUGGCAUGCCAGUGAUCUUGGCAGCACUAGGUUUGAUUCGUCGGUGAACAGGAUAUGGGCGCGGUAAAUGAUCAUGGCUAGCGCAGUCGAUGAUAGUGAAUCUGAAGGGAACUUCGUCAGGUAUUUGUUGGCUGUUCAGAAGGGCAGCAGGCGAUGUCUAGAGGAGGCGUUUGGCCUGUUGUACCGGGCGUGGGGUCGUGGCAAAAGCUACACCACGCUGGAAGAGUUCUGCGUUGAUGCCUUAGGCUGGCAGAGAGAAGAUCUGGCCAACUUCUAUGAGGCUCAGGACAUGCUCGGCAGCUCCCCAAAUGUGAGGCCACCGUCUCUCAAUCCGUACCGGGAUCAUUCUGAACCAUCCGCGCUAUGCAGCGCUGGACCCGGUGUCCUCCAAGCUUCGAGACCCCCUCUCGAGGACGUAAAAUCGCCUGUGUUCGGUAGCUCUGGUCACCUAAUUAGGCACACUACGAGAAGUGUCCGACAGAGGCGGUCGCUAUCGAAGCGUGGGGCUGGGCUAGAGGUCCCCAGGAACGGCGGACCAGGCUUGUGUGGGUCACCACAGCGGGUCCACCACCUCUCACCUCUGGUGGUCCAGGCCUCCACAGCAUCUGGAAGCACUCAUUUGCCUUUAGACGCGCGCUCCCCAUCGCCAAUAACAGGUAACGACUGUGUUGCACCAUUAAAACACGGGGUCAAAUAUGUCGCGCCAUCAACCCACACGGUUGAUUUUGUUGCGCCAACGGAACAGAAAGCUCAUUAUGUUACACCAUCAAAACAAAAGGAGGAUCCUCUUGCGCCAUUGAAACGAGAGGUUGGUUCGGUUUCACCAUCAAAACAAGAAGCUGGUCCGGAUGUAGCAUCAAACCAAGACAUCAACCCUGUUGGACUCUCGAAACAAGGGGCUGACACUGCAGCACCAUCGAAACAAGGGACUGACACUGCAGCACCAUCGAAACAAGGGACUGACACUGCAGCACCAUUGAAACAAGGGGCUGACACUGCAGCACCAUUGAAACAAGAGGCUGACACUGCAGCACCACCGAAACAAGGGACUGACACAGCAGCACCAUUGAAACAAGAGGCUGACACUGCAGCACCAUUGAAACAUGAGGCUGACACUGCAGCACCAUCGAAACAAAAGGCUGACACUGCAGCACCAUCGAAACAAGGGGCUGACACUGCAGCACCAUUGAAACAAGAGGCUGACACUGCAACACCACCAAAACAAGGGGCUGACACUGCAGCACCAUUGAAACAAGAGGCUGACACUGCAGCACCAUUGAAACAAGAGGCUGACACUGCUGCACCAUCGAAACAAGGGGCUGACACUGCAGCACCAUUGAAACAAGAGGCUGACACUGCUGCACCAUCGAAACAAGGGGCUGACACUGCAGCACCAUCGCAACAAGAGGUUGACACUGCAGCACCAUUGAAACAAGGGACUGACACUGCAGCACCAUCGAAACAAGGGACUGACACAGCAGCACCAUCGAAACAAGGGACUGACACUGCAGCACCAUCGAAACAAGGGACUGACACAGCAGCACCAUUGAAACAAGGGACUGACACUGCAGCACCAUCGAAACAAGGGACUGACACAGCAGCACCAUUGAAACAAGGGACUGACACUGUAGCACCAUCGAAACAAGGGACUGACACUGCAGCACCAUCGAAACAAGGGACUGACACAGCAGCACCAUUGAAACAAGGGACUGACACAGCAGCACCAUUGAAACAAGGGACUGACACUGCAGCACCAUCGAAACAAGAGGCCGGUUGUGUUGCAGCAUCAAAACAAAAGGAUGGCCACGUAUCUUCAAAACAAAAUGCCGAUCCUGAUGCACCAUCGAAAAAAAAUAUCGGACCAAUUUCACUUUCAAAACAAAAGGGUGAGUGUGCUGCGUUAUCAAAACAAACUAGUGGUAGUGUUUCAUCAAAAAAGGAUGACCCUGUUGCCCCAUUAAAGCAAAAGAUAUACAGUGUUGCACCAUCAAAACAAAAGAAUAAAGGAGUCGCAGUGUCUAAACACAAGAGUGGCCAUGUUGCACCAUCAGAACAAAAGAAUGACAGUAUUUCACAAUCAAAACGAAGGAAAAGUGUGUCACUCAAACAGAAAGAUGACAGUGUUGCACCAUCAAAACCAAUUGCUGAUCCUCUUCUAUCGUCAAGACAAAAUGUUGUUCAUAUUGCACCAUUAAAACAAAAAGGGGUUCAUGUUGCAUCAUCAAAACAAAAAGUUAUUCAUGUUGCACCAUCAAAACAAAAGGGUAAACGUAUUGUAAUCUCAAAACAAAAGGACGACAGUGUUCCAUCAUCAAAACAAAAAGACGACAGUGUUCCACUAUCAAAACAAAAGGACGACAGUGUUCCAUCAUCAAAACAAAAGGACGACAGUGUUCCAUCAUCAAAACAAAAAGACGACAGUAUUCCAUCAAAACAAAAGGACGACAGUAUUCCAUCAAAACAAAAGGACGACAGUGUUCCAUCAAAACAAAAGGACGACAGUGUUCCAUCAAAACAAAAGGAUGACAGUGUUCCAUCAUCAAAACAAAAGGACGACAGUAUUCCACCAUCAAAACAAAAGGACGACAGUAUUCCAUCAAAACAAAAGGACGACAGUGUUCCAUCAAAACAAAAGGACGACAGUGUUCCAUCAAAACAAAAGGACGACAGUGUUCCACCAUCAAAACAAAAGGACGACAGUGUUCCAUCAUCAAAACAGAAGGACGACAGUGUUCCAUCAUCAAAACAGAAGGACGACAGUGUUCCACCAUCAAAACAAAAGGACGACAGUGUUCCACCAUCAAAACAAAAGGGUGACAGUGUUUCACCAUCAACACAAAAGGACGACAGUGUUCCACCAUCAAAACAAAAGGACGACAGUGUUCCACCAUCAAAACAAAAGGACGACAGUGUUCCACCAUCAACACAAAGGGACGACAGUGUUCCACUAUCAAAACAAAAGGACGACAGUGUUCCACCAUCAACACAAAAAGGUAAGAAUGUAGCAACAUCAAAACUAAAUGGUGAACUUGUUGCAUCAUCAAAACAAAUGGAUGACAGUGUUGCGUCAAAACAAAAGGGUGAAAAUAUUGCGACGUUAAAUCAACGGGGUGAGAGUGUUGCACCAUCAAAACACGGAAGCGACCGUGUUGCAUCAUCAACACAUGGAGGCAAGCGUUUGAUAGCAUCAAGACAAGUGCAGGUGGAACUUCAGAGCAUUAUCCGCGAGGCCAGCCGGUCACUGGUGUCCCCCGACGCGCUACAUAGUAAUAGAACUCCUGAAACUGGUCAUGGAAACAUACUUGAAAUUGAUCCCGAUCCAAGCCAGCUUCCGCAGAAGGUGCUGGCGUUUUUCCUGAGGGAGGGCUUUCCGGAGCUGCCUGCCAGGGCUCGGUACCUUCUUUGGCGACUCGAGCGUCUUGUUUACGUGGUAUGCUACCGGGAGACGGAGUUUGAUGAUCAGCUUCUUACCCUGAGACUUCGAGAUCUCGGUAACGUGAUCAGCGAGAUGUUAUCUAUCGUCAUUCAUUACUGCAUACAGGUGACGGAAAGGAGCAUCAAAGAUGCUACAGAUCAGCUGCGUAUAGCAAAGCAGAGGCUUAGAAAGGCUCAAAAAGUAUUUGAAAAACAAGUCAGUUUCGUAAUGAAAACUCGAGAAGAGCUCAAAGAUGCCGAAAGAGAUCUUCAAGAAGCUAAAGUAAAAAAUUGUGAACUCUACAGAGUUUACUCCAGAUCACAGAGUUGGGAGCCAGAGGAAAAUUCCCAAGCUGCCAGUGCUAACACGAGUGGCAAAGCAAUGUCAUUUAGCUGUGUGGGAGCCGCAGGCAACUGUUCCAUUGCUGACGUCAACGCACAGGGAGAUUCUGGGAACGUUUCAUUGGCUGAUGAAGUAGAUGGGAGUGGCUUGGAAACAAAACACCAGGAUGGUGUCCUGGUGUCCGGUGACAGUCUAUUUGUGAGUGUCAUGAAAGAGGUGGCUGUCAUCGAAAGAAGACACAGUACUUUAUGGGAAUUAGACAGGAAACUCAAAAGGAUGCUGAGGAACAGUCAGGAGUCGGUCAUAUUUACGAAGAAAGAAGUGCGCGAUAGGCUCGACUCCAAUGUUUCUGCCGAGCAAGAAGCCAUUGCUAAGGAUGACAUUGUUAGCGAGAGGUACGCUCUAGCCAGUAAACUCUCGAGGGAGAUCAAAAAUCUUCGCAAAGAUUAUAACUCUCUGCAAGAGGAUGAAGCUGCCAUGAUAUCUGGUAUAACAGAUGAUAUUGAAAUGCUGAGGAUGAUGGAACUGAGCGAGGAGGCUAUGAGGGCAGGCGGACGGGACCUCCAAGUGUUGAGAGAGAGCCAUCCUGGGAGGCUGCUGAUGGAGGCCAGACAACACACUACGGCGUUUGCCUCUAGCGUCAAAAUAUUUGACGUAGGGGAGUGGCUUAUGAGAAAGCGAUGUGUGACGAUGGAUGUGCAAAGUAUAUACUCACGCCUAAAAAUAAAUAAUACGGAAAACACUGUAGACUUGCUGGAUAUUCUGGGAACGAGCAGUGAGGACCCGUCCGUAAUCAUUCUCUCUGGCCCUAAAGGCAGCGGUAAAUCAUGUGUUUGCCACUAUCUGCAACACCUUUGGAAAUUAAGCAAAUUUCUUGACAAAUCUAGACUUCACGAAUUUGAUUUAGUUGUGUAUUGUAGACUGAGUGAUUUACCACCGUCAGAAUCAUGGAGCCAAUACCUGAAGGAUCAUGUGUUUUGUCUUACCCUCAGAGAUUUCCCCGACACUGAUGUUUUCGAAGCGCUCGGGUCCUUAACUGUUCUCUUCCUGUUGGACGUUGGAUCUCUUACAUCUUCAAGCAGUAACAUCUUAAAAGACGUCAUCAGCAAUCUAGGAAAAAAUCGCGCUAUUAUAACUGUCCGCCCAGGAAGCGAGAGUGACGUCCUGGAAAUCACAAAAGGUUACAGCCAUCGAUUUCUUAGAGCUAAGCUUUGCCCUAUGACCCUCGAAGCCGUCAAAGCUUAUUCUACCAGGCUUUUGUCAAUGGUCGAAAAUGAAGGUGGUUCUGCUGAAGUUAAAGUUAACCAGUUCACAAAAUUCAUAGAGUCCAUGAAUAAAACAGAAACUUUAAUGUACCCUCUUCAUGUGGCUUAUCUUCUGUAUCUUUGGCGCGUGGCCCCUUUGAAAGCUGUACACGCAAACUGUGUAUCUCGCCUUUACAGCCAGGUGGUCAUCUUAUGCCAACACACCCUGACGGAAGUCUUGAGGGCAGAGAGUAAAGGCGAUAGGGCGACAGCAAGGGAGAGAGUCGACCUCAUCACUCACCGCCUGUAUGAGGCCGCCUGGAGGCUCAUCACUCAUCACAAUUGGCAACAUGAUGGACACACGCUACUAGAGCCUGAACACAAGCUUAUGGACGAUCCAGUCGUUUUCACCAUCUUUAGCCCUCUCGUUGUGGUGGUGGAAGAACCAGAUGGAAUACGGCGCGGGAUCCUCCCUCAUCCUUCAAUUGCCGAAAUCUUUUGUGGGUUUUUCCUUGCUAACCAAAAGCUUCUGCGCUCUAAAGGCUCACCUUUGCUUCCUCGUCGCGAUAAAAUUGAAAAAUUCUGUAUACCUGAAUUAAAGAGAUUUAGGUAUGUGCUCCCACAUACAGCUGGAGCUCUAGUCUACAAUAAGCACAGUUUGGACGAUGCUAAAGAAAUAGCUUCUGUAUACCUAAGAUCUUUGUCAGAAGAUAGAGACAUGGAAUCAUGGCUAGAGCUGCUGAGGGAAUGUGACUUCAUUACACACAUGUGUGCGGCAGUGUCGGGAGUGCUGGCCCGUUACAGCUCGUGGACAAUUGCCCAUCACGACCAACAAACCAACUGUGCUGUUGCUGACUUGCUUAGAAAGGGGGCGUACCAACCCAAGUUUAUUAUUAUUUCACAGCCGUUGAAAAGUGGAAAGGGUGCGUGUAUCGGGGACUGUGUCAUUCGCGCCCUUUCCACCUGCUCAGCAACGCUAGUUCAUAUUCGCCAGGAGUCUCAGUUCUACGCCUGGGGAGAAGACGCCACCUGCGACUCUCUGGUAGUUCCCCUGCAGCCGCCCGGCACGCUGCGGGAGUGUUGGGGCCACCUGGGUGUGGAGGGAGCCAUGGCUUUGCGUCACAGCCAUUACUUAGAGGAACUCAAUGUACGGAUAUCGUCUUCAGAGGCCCUGGCGGCCCUCGUACUCAGCAUUGAACAUCUAAAACGUAGUCUUCGAUACCUCUACAUCCGUUUAGAUAUCCUCCCUUCCACUCCUGCCUCCAGUCUUCAACCACUGAAUUUCAGCGGCAAGAAGCUGUGGUUGAGAAUGAGAGGCAUUAACGACUCGACAGUGGACUGGAUAAAAGAGGUGACUGGCAUACUGAACAGCUGGUACACGGAGGUGCUCCUGGAGGAGAGUUGUGUGUCUCCAUCAGCGCUCCAGUCCCUCAAGGAGAGCCUUCCUAACACUCGCGUCCACAUUUCCAGCUAAUUAUACACUUGGCUGCCAAGUGGUGUCUGUAUAAUUAGGCAGCUACAUUUUUUUUAUAUUUUUAACCACAUUAUGCAUUGAGCCAUUGCAGCUCUCACGAGCCAGAUCACAAAGGCUUUGUGAUAAUUAGAAAAGUGACAGAUGAACUGUGUAUUUUAACACUGUACAACUUUACAUCAAAUGUAUACCUUUAUACUAAAGCAUCAGAUCUGCUCCCGGGCCAUACAGGCAUCGCUUAUGUUGAACAGCCAAGUUUUCGGGUGUUUUCACACAUUGACUGUUCAAGUCCACCAUAAGUGCUGAAUUAAAAUCUUCACCCAAAAUUAAGAGCUUUCGAGCCCAACUCACCGUUGAAGCCCAUAUAAGCUGGUUCACACCAUAUGGUUUCCAAGAGAAGUGGAUUGUUGUUGUUUUUAGAUUCAGCUACUUGGAGCAAAAAGUUCCAAACAGCACGGGUUAUGGUGAGCCCCUCAAUCUCACCUGGCACAGGAGAUGUGCCGAGUUGCUGAAGAAAACACACACUUCCGGGAACUUAUCAUUAUAUUGAUAUUUAAAAAGUGCGCACUGCGCUCCUGAAAUAUAGUGUAUACAGCAACACUACUCUUGACAGCUCCAUAAGCUUACUACGGCAACAAGAGCACCCAAUGUAUGUAUUAACCUAGUUAUGCUCACCUAGUAUUACUUGAGGGGAUUGAGCUUUGGCUCUUUGGUCCCGCCUCUCAACCGUCAAUCAACUGGUGAUUGGAAAGUUCCCAUCAAUCACUCAGAAAUGUGAUUGUGUGUGUGGGGAGGCGAGUGCGGAGGCAAGUUGGUCAUUCAUACCAUCUGGCUGCACGGUGAAGCAAACUAAUCUGUCUCCACACAUCCUCUUCAGGGUUAUAAAUCCAUGGAACACUGUAAGUGCCAAAACUGCCGAAUUUCAAAAUCCAGCCUUUUAAAAUCAGGACGACAAAUGGGAGGGGGAGGGGGCCUGACAAGCCGCCGGCUUUCUGUCAUCGUCGAGGCCACUAGAGACACAAUGGCC